UGGGGGCAUGUGGGCGGCGAGUGGUCGGAGGCGGAGGAGCUCAUUAUUCGGGCUUCGCAUGGGGACUCCAAUGGGGGUGGAGCGGAGGACGAUCGAGGUGCACACCCCGCCGGGCCGGGGAAUGGGAGAGAGGAUUGCAGGCGUCUCCACUCUCCACUUCCAACUCGUCGACAACGUCGGCGACGAUGCUCGCAGUGCCCCGCGCGAGCGCAGACGAGGGGAACCCGUUGCCUGUGCCUCGGCCGGCCGCUCUCCAUGUCCUUGUGCUCUCCGACAUCUUCGCGAGCGUAAUCAUGUACCACUCCCCCAAUCCCCUUCCGCCGCAAUCAUUUCCAAUUCGCAUAUCUCACACCUCAUGGGUCAUGGCCUCACAGAUUAGCUUGUUAGGGAUCCAACCAGUCCAGGGCUCAUAAGUCUUACUGGAAGAUACUUCAACCAGUGGGAGAGAUUCGUCGGUCUGACUUGUGCAGUGGUACAGGGGAGCAAUGCCCGCACAUCGUCGAGUAUGCGCCAUUAUGCUGUGUGUUUCCGAGAAGGAAAGGAUACCCACGCUGUUCAUAGGUUUCUGCUAUGUAGCGACAGAUUGCUCUUGAUUCUGCAGGUUUAAAAUUCCUGUACCAAUCAUUUGAAGGCUAGAUGCACAAGACAUAAAAUGAAUCCAACUUGUUGAUACAGACUGGUCUCUAUCCUUCACCGGUUCACCCCAACCACCCCGAAACCAUUCGCGUGGAACGAGGGACGGAUGGAUGCCUUCACCGUGAAUCCUUCUCGUCCUUGCAUGCAUAUGGUUUUGCCCCAUGCUGCUGCUGAAAAGGAGACAGGAGGCAGUGGAAGAGAAGCUUAGCCGUUAAGAGAGAGAGCAUGGCAAGUAAGCUGGACAGGGGAAGGGGAGAAAGAAACGCAGAGAUGGAAGCUUGCGUGGCAGCCAGGAAGGGCAGCGGUGCAGGGCUGACAUGGCAAACCAAGAGCUCAGUUGAUCAGCAAUUCCCCUUAUCCGAUACACACUUCCGACCAGCAUCCCGUCCGUACAGUCCGGCGAGCUGCAGCAUCCAUGGAGGUGGCAGCAGUGCACGCCACCCUUUCGUCCUACUCUCCUCCGGUGCUCUCCGGCGGACGGAGCGACGCCGCCGGCAGGAGCCUGUCCCGCCUGCCGGCUCGUGUCGCCGGCGCGGUGGCUCGCGGCCUCGUCACCUUCGUCUUCGCCACAGUGGGCACGAUUCUGGGGGCGAUCACCGGCGGGCUGAUCGGGCUGGCGACGGAGAGCGGCCUGGUCCGCGGCACCGGCAUCGGCGCGAUCUCCGGCGCGGUGGUGGCCAUGGAGGUCGUCGACUCCUCCGUCGCCAUGUGGUGCUCCCACGACUCCGGGAUUUGGAGCGUCCUGUACGUGCUUGACGUGAUCUGGAGCCUCCUGACGGGGCGCCUGGUGAGGGAGAAGGUGGACCCGGCCGUGCAGAACGCCGUGGACAGCCAGAUGAACGCCGCCGACGCGCCCUACAGGGAGAGCGCGCCGACGCUGGCGGAGAUGUUCGACACGGGCAUCCCCGGCGCCGCCGCCGCCGCCACGGGCAUGCCGGCGGACGCCAUCGCCGCGCUCCCGGUGACGACGUUCACCGCCGAGCAGACAGCAGCUGGCGCCUGCGGCGGCGGCGGCGACCGCGCCGGCUGCUCCGUGUGCCUCCAGGACUUCGAGGCCGGCGAGGAGGCGCGGAGGCUGCCGGAGUGCGGCCACACGUUCCACCUGCAGUGCAUUGACAGCUGGCUGCUCCGGCACGCGUCCUGCCCGCUGUGCCGCCGCACGGUGGUCGCCGCCGCCGCCGACGACGUCGUCGGCUAAAGCAUCCAUCGAUCUCGAUCCGUUUGUUAGGCUAAGCUAGAAGCUAGCGUGAGAAGGGCGUGCGGUGCACGGCACUGCUCCGCGCGCGCAUGCAUGCGCGAUUUUUCUUCGCUUGGGAUCACGACUGACGUACAUGUGCACCUACUACACUUCAUGCACCUCCUCCUUUGAUACCUUCAUUCGUUUUCAGGUACAUAUAGAACAGAUACUUGCAUUUACAUAUGCAGAUAUACUCGUAUACUUGUAUUGUAUUGUAUAUGUAUGCAUACGUGUACAAAGGAGACCUUGUGAUUAACAUAAUAGAGAGAUCGCGAUCCAGAUUUUUGUUCUUGUUCA